AUGCUUUCUGUAAAUCUUUAUUGUAAACUCUUCCCGUUCAAGAAACUUGCUACAGAUUCAAAUGCAUCACUUCCUUUACUUCACAAAGAUGGAUUGAUUUUUAAUACUACUUUACCAGAAUGCUAUAAAAAUCAACAAUUUAUCAAUUUCUGUAGUCUCGUGGAUGUGAGCUCUCCGGAGUUGGACUUAAGAACUGCAACUUCUGCACCCAAAGAGAAAAAAGUUUCAAAGAAAAUAGCAAAAGAAAGUUCGUAUACGAUUUCUUAUUUGAUAAAUUCAUGUGGGCUAUCUCCAGAGAAGGCUAUUUCUGCUUCUGAGAAAGUGCAUUUUGAAACCCCAGAGAAACCAAAUUCAGUUAUAGCCCUUUUAGAGAAACAUGGGUUUAGUAAAACCCAUAUUGCUAACCUUGUUCGGAGAAGGCCUGUGCUUCUUUUAUCCAAUCCUGAGAAGACCCUUUUGCCCAAGCUCGAAUUUUUCAAAUCUAUCGGGGUUUCACAGGCUCACCUUGGGGGCACAAUAUCAAGAGACCCUACUUUGUUGACUAGAAGUUUGGAGAAUCAAAUUAUUCCUAACUAUAAUUACCUGAAGAGUGUGCUAUUAACUGAUGAAAAGGUGGCUGCUGCUGUCAAGCGGACAUCAUGGGUUUUUCUAGAGGAUCCUGGGAAGAACCUUGCUCCAAAUAUUACGGUUUUGAAAGAACUUAAUGUGCCACAGUCGUGUAUCAUAUUAUUAUUGACACAUUUUCCGGAGGCCAUAAUGCAAAGGCAUGAAGAGUUCAGAGCCUCUGUUUCCGAGGUAGUGGAAAUGGGAUUCAAUCCUUUGAGAUCGACAUUUGUAUUGGCAUUACAUGCAAUUUCUGGAAAAGGCAAUAAAACAAUAUGGGCUCGGUGUUACGAGACUUACAGUAAAUUGGGUUGGUCGAAGGAUGAUAUAUUCAUGGCAUUUAGGAAACACCCGAAUUGCAUGAUCUUGUCCGAGAAGAAGAUCACUAGGACAAUGGACUUUCUGGUUAAUAAGAUGGGGUGGGAGUCCAAAAUGAUUGCAUCUUGCCCUACAGUUCUUUUCUUCAAUUUGGAGAAUAGGAUAAUUCCUAGGUGCUCCACCGUUCAGGUUUUGUUCUCAAGGGAAUUGAUUAAGAAGAAAGAUUUGAAAUUGACUACUGUGCUAUUGCCUACAGAGAAAUAUUUCUUGGAAAAGUUCGUGACCAAACAUGAGAAGCAAGUACCUAAACUCUAUGAUUUCUAUGAAGGGAAGAUUGGCAUUGAGGAAUUGUGA